GGGUAUGUCCGAGGUUAACUUGUGAAAUAGAAAGCCAAUGUAAUGUUGGGAGACGAUGUUUUAGAUGGCAAAGUAAGAGCGAGAGUCUUGCAUGUCUGUGGUGGAUACAGAAUUGGAUAGAGGCAGAUGACAGUGGAAAGUUGUAGGAAGGGGUUAAAGGAGGUUAUGAUGUGGUUACAUUCUCCGGCCGAAAACAAUCUGAAGAAUGCACGGGGAUCGAGGGCUUGGUUGGAGGCGACAUUCGCCGGAACAUCUUGCCGUUUGUUACACACGCCGUGCUUUUCAUACAUAUUUGUGGGUUUCUGGUUUAUUUCCUGUCCUGCUCGCUGUCCAAUGCACGUUGAUCAUGGUGCAUCGAGCACGCCAUUCUUCUCACCCAUUUCGUAUAUGGAAAGUGCCGACGUUCUCAUUCUGUUCGUAUGUCAGGUUGUUGCCCUAUCGUUCUCGUGCCUUCCUUCUUAUCACAGGAGCACGACAGCUCCCGGCUCAGGCCAUGGACAGCUUCGAAGCGACAAGUGCCGUCAAUGGACGUCGACGCCUUUUUGCUCCGGGCCGAUCCAUCUCUUCGGAUACAUAUGACAUACGCAAGCGGUCCGUUCAUAUAAGCUUUAGCCAAGGAGCUGGCUCAGUAGCACAAGGGAGCCGAGAAAGGGUUCUUUUGUCCGGAAACAUCAAUGUUGACAUGCACGCGUUCCCGUGGCUGAAUGACGCAAUCAUACCCAUGUCAUCACAGAUCCGCAGCAUUACAGUUUCCAUUGACAAAUACGCCCACCCGCGUUGGAAGACGAAGAAAUAUGGCACUUCGUUUGAGGUUGAGAAUGCGGUAGCGGUGAAGCUGUAUAUCCUUUCGGUUUGUGUCACUUGGGCGCGCUUUUUGAAUGGUAGGUGAGCGAGUGUCACAACAUGUGCUUAUGUUUUGAGCUUCGUUGAUCAAGUCCGAGUUUGGUUACGGAAGUCCGACUGAGGAA